AUGCCGUCCCAACGCUACGUUACAGUAGCUGAGGGCCAAGCGCCCUCUAGUGCAAGAUCUCGUGCCCCGGGGGUGGCGGCGGCGGCGGUGCGGGAGAGGCUGCACAGAAUUCUCAUUUAUGAAACCGAAGAAGAAGAAGCAGGGCUUGGCGGUCCCGACGCCGAGGAGGAGGAGGAGGAGGCACCCGGGUGCUCAAAAAAGGAGAAUGAUCUACGCCUGGCUCUCGAUCGCAUCAGAGAUCUUGACACUCUACUCAACUCCAAAGACGCCGAGUUGUCCACCUCGCUGAGUAGACAGCAAAGCCUGGAGACCAGUCUUCGCGAGUCAGAAGACCAAAUCACUUCUCUGAAGGAGACAGUGAAUGAUUCAAAAACCCAACUGCAAAAUGAGAUGUUGAUAAGAACAGACUUGGAAAACCAAGUGAAAACUUUGCAAGACCAAGUCGCGUUUCUCAAGAACCUCCACCAAGGCGAGCUCAAGAGCAAGAAACAGUUCUACCAGAGUAAGAUUCAAGAAAUUCAAUCUGGCCAGCAGCAGGAAUUGGAGAGUAAAUUGUUGAAUGCCCUUCAAGAGCUCAGAAAGGAGCAGGAACAACAGAUCCAGGAGUAUAAAGACCAGAUGGAGAGGAACUUUCAGGCCAAAAUUGAAAAUGUCCAACUUUCUGCAGUCGUAGACAGCGAUUCUGCCCACCGGGCUCUGGAGGAACUUGCUGAAUCCAAGCAGAGAAUUGAGAUGCUGGUGUUACAGAACGGCGCUUUGGAAGAGAAGAUGAGAGACCUUGCAGCCAAAGUGAGGGAGCUGCAAAAGACGGCCGAUCACGAACGGGACUCGUCCGCGAGGCUUCUGGCUGAGAAGGAGAAGGAGGUGGCAGAGAUCCAGCAGCAGAUGCAAGCUCAGCUGGAAGAGUACGAGCAUCUCCUGGAUGUAAAGCUGGCUUUGGAUCUUGAAAUCAGUGCCUACCGGGCUAUGCUGGAAGGAGAGGAGAAGCGCUUAAAACUGUGUGGAACAUCCUCAGAAAGUGGUGGGGCACACACCGCCGUCCAUCAGGGUCCCCACUUCUUCCUGCAAGGGAGGAAAAGGAAACGGGUGUUCCCCAAAAGGCGGGUCUACAACGUGAGCUCCAAAGUGGUCCAGCGGGCUUCCUCUUCAGGGAGCAUCUCCAUCGAAGACAUUGACCCCGAAGGGAAAUUCAUCCGAAUUAAAAACAAUUCAGACAAGGACCAGUUGCUCACAGGGUGGACCAUCCGAAGGCAGCGCGGGAAUGAAUGUGACGUGAUGUACCAGUUUCCUGCUCGGUUUACGCUUCAGGCUGGUCAAGUCGUUACAAUCUGGAGUGCCCAAGAAGGUUCUAGCCCAGGUUCCGGUGUGCACGUCUGGAAAUCCCCGCAGCCCUGGGGAGUCGGCGAGAACAUCAACAUCACCCUUCUCAAUGCAGAGGGCAAAGAGACAGCAGAAGGAAAAGUUACUUGUGUGGACAGAGGAGAAGGGGACGGAGAAGCAGAAGAGGCUGCUGACGAAGAAGAGACGGAGCUGCGCGGUCAGGUAGGUGCCUCAGCAAAACGAAAGUCGCAGUUGUCCCAUCAUGUAGCAGAGAAAGGACGUUGACCAGAUGCGGAAGGUUCUCGGACCUUUGAGAUGGUGCGCCCUGAUUUAUCCACUGAAAAUUGGCCGCUUCAGUCAGGGAAGCCACACUGGAACUCCAGGAACGUUUUCAUUCCCGUUCCUGAGAUGCGGGUGUUGCCCUUGAAUGGGCUGGGUAUCUCUCGGAGUGGAGUGAUUCAAGAUCGAAGA